UGAGUUUUCCUUCCGGGUCAUGCGCUCUGAGUUCCGUGUUGUUGACCAGGUGUAGCCGCUGUGAGGCCUGAGCUCGGUUAACGGAGGAGUUUGAACACAGCACACAAACAAAGCGGACUCAAACAGCACAGGUGUAACCCUCUGGACCUGUCCUCAGAUCUUGAGAUCACACGCAGGUCGCACUGGAUGGGCCAGCUGGUAACAGUCGGGACCAGCUGUUAACAUCCUUUGGGCCUGUACGUGUAACCAUCAGUGUGCAAUGGCCAGUAACUUCCGUAGCUACAUCUGGGACCCGAUCCUCAUUGUGAGUCAGAUCGCGUUGAUGCAAUGCAUCUACUACAGCUUCCUGGGCCUGUGGUUGGCUGGAGUGGACAGUCUGGUACAAACCAGCCGCUCACUGGACCAGAUCUUUAGCUAUGAAGUUCUCGGUUUUGCAACGUUGCAGGGCCGGCUGUCGAUGAUGGCGUUCAUCUUGAACUCACUUACCUGCGCCCUCGGCCUGUGGUUCUUCAUCCGUCGAGGGAAACAGUGCCUGGACUUCACAGUCACCGUGCACUUCUUCCACAUGAUCGGCUGCUGGAUCUACAACUCUCAUCUUCCGGCCGCCCUGUCCUGGUGGCUCGUCAAUGUAGCCUGCAUGGCGUUGAUGGCGGUAAUUGGAGAGUAUUUGUGCAUGCGGACUGAGCUCAGGGCUAUUCCAGUCAAUAGUGGACCUAAAUCUAACCUGUGAAAUAUUCGUCGACACCUCGCUGAAGGUUUGUGGGCGGUUUAACCCCUUGAGAAACUGGCUCUGAGGAGGUUUUUCACUGCUCGCGACAGAGAUGGAUUAUGAACCUCCAUCAGCGUUGGAUUGUCGUCAUCUCCUCUUCAGAUGACAUGCAGAUGAACUGAUCUAUUUAUUCAUAUCUGUCCGAUAAAUGUUGGGUAGUAUUAACUCUGUAGCAUAUUAAGAUAUGUUUUAAUGCUUAUGAAAGCAGGCAUCAGUUUACACAUUUCUCUUAACCUAAUGAUUCUUUUUGAUUGUGGUUAUUUUUAGGAACUUCAGGAUGCGCAUUCCCUCAUUAAGAGAUUUAUGACAUUUCUUCUUAUUUCCUGUUAAUGUACACAAACAGGAAACUGAAACUUGAGCAAAUACAAGAGCAACAAAUGUUAACAACAGAUAUUUUUCCUCUCUCUCUCUCUCUGUGUUGGUUUGAUUUCAGGAUGGCUGGCUUGGCAAACAGAUGUGAUUAUCGUGUUACAGGAUGUUUUUAUGUCUAAAAUCCACUGCAGCUUAGUCACAGAUAUCAGCGUGCAAACUUACCUAUUGCAGCUUUUAUAAUAGCCGCUUCUAAAGUCCAGGUUCACUAUAGUUUUCUCAUGUACAAUGGUAGGGAUUUUUCACUUAACAAUCUCUGCACAAGUAUUAAAUCAGACUUAUUUUUGUCUUUCCGGAUAAGAACAUUCAGUCUCACUCACAGUGCUUGUUUUUAGGCCCUCCUUGUCAAAGCUUGUACAGCGUUUGGCAGAGCUAGUGUUGUUUGUUUCCGUCUCUUUAUGUCCCGAUGUAUUAUGCAGACAGGGUGGCCACUUCGGGGACAGUUUGUCAGCCACCAGCUGUGUUCUGACAGCAGGCUGCGUCUGCGUGUCUGAAAAUACUAUCGCUGUUUGCGUGGGACAUGACAUGAAAAGUACUGAAACGUGCAACACUGAUGGUUUCUGAACAAUUUGAGCGUCUCGACUGAUGGUUUUUGAAACCCUGUUCAAAUGAACUGCUUAUUAUAGUAUUUAUUAUAUUAUUAUUAUUAUUAUUUUUACAGGUAUUACAGAUGUUACACAUGCACAUAUAUCGUAAUAUUCUGUGUGGUGACUGUCAGCUUUGAUAGUGUGGACUAUGCAGUGUCUUGUUUUGAAAUCAGGUUUUUUCACGCUGUGGGAGUUGAUAUAUAAAAGUUGCACAAUACUUGGACAUCUUGCUAAAUAAACUUAUUUUUCUUGGUGAGAGUUGGAUGAGAAGAUUAAUACCACUCUCACGUCUGUCCAUUAAAUCUGAAGCCACAGCCAGCCGGCACUUUGCCUGCUUAAACUUGGAAAAAGCGAAAAUAACUGGCCAAAUAUUGAACAUGUCAUAUUUUGUUUGAUUAAAUAAAAAUUAUAAGUAUAAGACUUACAACUCGUCCUUUUACAGGGGUGACGUGCCAAACCGUUUCUUGGUUGGGUGCAGCGACUUCCCCGAGUCUGUGAAGUUGAUGACAACAUGCAUGUUUUUUUUUUGUACAGAUUACAUCACGUUAAUUAAUAAUUAAUAAUAAGCUGUAGAGGAGCUGGAAGCCAGAUAUUUUGUUACCUUUGGAUGGAGCCGGGCGAGCUGUGUCCUCCUGCUUCCAGCCUUUAGAUAGACGGAUAGAGUACUUUGUGUUUAUGCUACUGGUGAUGGCUUCAUAUUUAUGGUACAUGAGAGUCAAAUCAAUCCUCUCCGCUAACUCUCAGCAAGAAAGCAAAUACGUGUUUCCCAAAAUCUUGAAUUAUUCAUUUUAAGCUCCGGUGUGUAAGAUUUAGGGGGAUCUAUCUAUAUAGGUAUAUAUAUAUGACAGGAAAGUGAGGAGAGACAGAGAAAGAGAGAAAGAGGGGGAGUGACAUGCAGCAAAUGUUGGAAAGGUUAGAUUUGAACCCUGGGUUGCUACAGCAAGGACUGACAUUGACAGAAUAAGUAUGUUAAGUAUGUUUUCAUUCGUGUAUGAUCACCUGAAAAUAGGAAUCAUAAUUUAGUUUUGCAUUAGAAGGAGCCAUAUAUCUUACAGAGGAAGUGAGUCCACCAUAAUAUUGAAUCGCCACGUUUCUACGGUAGCCCCGAUCGGCCUAACAAAACACGUCUUUUUGCGGCCGCUGUAGUUUUACCUUCAUGCUUUGGAAGGGGCAGGGUGAGGUGAGCGAUACUCAGUCGGCCACGGUCUGAAAUCUCACUGCUAGAUGUCACUAAAUUCUGCACACUGGACCUUUUAAGUUAUGAUCAAACUCAUGACUACUCUCUCUCUUUAAGCCAGUGUCACCUGUUAUUUGAUAACUUCUUGCAAAAGCUGCUCUGAAAGUUUUCACAUGCAAUGCCACAUCUGUAUUCUUUAAACUUUUUACAACGUAUUUAAAUGCACAGGACUCGAGAGAUGGAUCUACUCAUGUAAUAGUGUGGAACAGACGAGGUGUACAUAUUUUUUUUUCCCCCUCCCUUCUCUGCAGAUUUAAAUAUCGGGUAAUGGCACCAGCAUCGAGGAAUUUUGCUACAGUGUGAGCACUUCUGUGCAUAUGCUGUUAAGGGAAACACUACCAGUUCAUAUAGCUUAGGAAAAAAAAAAAGUGUAAAAGUCAUGAAACUGUGGGUAUGAAAAUAAUUGGCCAUUAUACGUCAAAGAUGGGUCUUCUAAUGAGGGGCAUAUCACAAGCGUGUCUUUGGCUCUCUCAAAGUUUUCCCACCCCGGGCCCCCCUGAUCCCCUCAUUUUCUCCCCACCACUGCCUCUGCUGCAAGUGUCCAGGUGGAAAGAAGCAGAUGGGAGAGCGCUAACGAGUUGAAAGAUGCUGGGCGCGAUCCUCAUUACCAACACUUUGCUUCAGGGAGGGCCAAAAACAGAAACUCCUGUAGUAAAUGAGUCAUACAGUAGAGGACUGCAUCGAUUAAACACUCCACUAUUUUAC